AUGCGCGUUGACAUCCGAGAUCUGGUGCUCGGGACGAUGACGAUCGUGUUUAUAAUACUGACCUUUAACCACGGGCUUCAAACCGCAAUCAAGGAGUGCUACAUGUUUGGCGCAAUCCCGGUCAGCGUGGCGAAUAAAGUGGAGAUCCGGAAGGCGCUGCCGUUGAAGAGCAAACGUGAUGACUGCAUAUUCGUGACGCUGGGUAUCAACCAGGAUAUCCGGCUCGAGGAGGUCGUCAAGGUCACCCAGCCGAAUUGCAAAUUUUUCGGCGCCGACCCGAUCGCUGAGGGGAAUAAGAAGCGGUAUAAAAAGGUCGGCAAAUUCUUCAACUACGCCGUCUCAUCGACAUAUCUGAUCAAGCCACUCAUGUUUUCACACGGCGGAUUUUCCGAGGUGAAGCAAAUCAAGCGGAAACCCCUGUACGACUUUUUGCGGUUGGAUGUCAAGGAAACCCUGAUCGACUACAUGUUUGUGGACAUCGACGAGACGGAGUAUGACCUUUUAGAGAUGCUGCAGGCGAAUAUGGCACACUCGAACGGGUUUGCGUUUUGCCAGAUCGGGCUCAAGCUCCACAACACGGUCGACAUCAAAAAGCAAAAGAAGUUCUAUGAUUUUGUCGUCCGGCUCAUCAGGGAAAGCGGCUACACAUUGGUGUUUGAUGACCAGGUGGCAGAACCGGGAUUUUAUCACAGGUUGUUCUUCUACAACCACCGCGACACGCAAUGCCGGAAGAAGUUUCUGCCCCUA